AUGUCAGGUCCAGCUCUGGUUCGCUCCGCAGAAUCAUCAAUGGCAGAAAUACCCAUCGAUCCGACCCUGCUAGCGGAAGAUGCAGCAGCCGAAGAGCGUUUCGAAGCUGAACAAGAAGCUGGUCAAUCAAGUGACGAAGGCUUCAGCGAAUUGAACGAAUGGUCCGGUGCCGAAGAUGAUUAUGAACCAGAUGAUCGGGAAGAUGAGCAGCCUGAAGCCGGACCAUCAAGGACGGGCAACGAUGAUGCUGUAUUCGAUCGUCUAGCAGGAUUCGUCUCUCGAGCUAUCCCAUCAGGUGCAUCAGGUGAUUUGGGUGGUAGAGACUUUCAGAGGGAGAUCGCUUUAGCAGAUGCAGAAGAAUUACCUCAACCUGCUCGUCGUCGUAGAAUACAGAAACCAAGGAGAAUACAUAAACCCUCACAUGAAGUCACUCGACUAUUAGGUCAAGCAAACUUCCAUAAUCUGAAUGAAGAGUUCCAAGAAGCCAUCGAGAUAUAUUUGGAGGUUAUCAGGCAUGAUCCGUACAUCAGUGCAGCAUGGGCAUCAUUGGCUACUUGUUAUGAAGAUCUGGGAGAUCCAGAAAAAGCAAGACAGAUGAGAUUUCUAGGAGCUCAUAUAGAUAAUGAUGAGGAGACAUGGAAAGAAUUGGCUUAUCAAUUCAAACAGACCGGUCAACAAGACCAAUGUGUUUACUGUUUACGAAAAGCGUUGAAAUUCAAUCCGUCCGCUACAGAAUUGCUCUUCGAUUUGGGUAUCAUAUAUGUCGCUCAAAGGCAGAAAACAAGGGCAAGUGAUGUAUUCAGAAAACUCGUCAAGACUGAAUACUUUGCUCGUCACUUCGAUAUCAUCAUGGAAUUCCACCAAGUCAUGAUCGACAUGAACCAAAGGCCAUUUAUAGUACAGGUUAUGAGGGAAGCAUUCGAUUGGCAUAUCAAGACUUUCGAUGCUGGACCCGGUUCUGCAUCUGCGGUUUCUGAAUUGAUACCUAAUACAAUGACGAUUGAGAGGGUCAUUGACUUGGUGGAUGAUUUGAUGAUAUUAGAUGAUUUAGAUCAAGCGUUGGAAGUAGUCAGGAAAGGACAAAGAUGGUUACAAGGUAGAAAAGGGCUGAAGAAUUGGGAUAAUUUCGAUAAAGAAGAUAGAGAGUACGAUCCACCUCAGACCCCUAGGUACAAUCCGGAAACGAAAGAGAUGGAAGAUAACGAAGGAUUCGAGCUGGAUGUGCGGUUGAGGCAUAGAUUGGCUUUGAUACGGUUGAGAUUGGGUGAUUAUGAAGAAGCUAUGAUACACGUGAACGAGAUUCUGACACUUGACGUCCUGACAUAUCACGCAUUGUUCGUUGAACUGGGUGAAGCGUUGAUGAAAUGUGAAUUGUGGGAUAAAGCUUUGGAUUGUUAUGCUUCCAUACAAGAGUGUGAGGAGUUGCCAGACAGUACAGACGAAGUAUACAACGUUGGUAUAUGUCAUCAUCAGCUUAAGGAUCUGCAACAAGCUCAAGAUGCGUUGCAAUGGGUCGUCGACAAUGCUCCUGAUAACAUCGCUGCCCGAUUACGUCUUGCAAACGUGCUGGAAGAUAUGGGUAAAAAGGCCGAAGCGCUUGACCUAGUUUCAGAUAUCAUCCGAACAAGAGCACAUCGAGAGAAAGACAAACACUCUAUCCGACGACCUUCAGCCUACAUGGUAGAAGACGAUCAAGCGACCCGAGCGGAGAAAUCGGCCAACAAGAAAUUGACAAAGAGGAUAUUAGAAGAUCAGAUGAGAUCUCAGAUGCAAAACUUAUGGAAAGACGUACAAGAUGCUGAGAGAGGUAUAGAAGAAGGUGAUAUUGGUGCAUUGGAUAGAUUUAUCGGUGCUGCGGGGACUAUGAUUGAGAAUUAUAGAUUGAAUAGAGGAAAUUUCUCAAAAUCAAGAGGAGUGGUCAGAGUGCUGAAGUCACGUAAAUUCAAAAGAAAUGAUGUGGAUUAUCAAGCUAGAGAGAUGCAAGAUCGUUUAGAAAGAGUUUUGGGUUUUGAGGAUGACGAGGGUCCGAUACAUAUCACUUACCGACGAACUGAAUUUUACGGAUUGAACUAUGCAGAAUGGCUCACACUUACUGUGAAGUACUGCUGCGUACUCAUGGUCAAAAGCGAAGAAGACAUAGCAAUGGAUAUACUUGAACAUGUGAUUUGGUCCGGCCUGUUCCACAACAGGAGAUGUGAAGUGGCGUUGAGGUUGACAAUGAUAGCAUGCGGAAUGAGACUACGAGCCUACGACAAGAUCACCGAUAACUGUAAACGUCUCGCUCAGAUAUAUCAAUUCGACCCAUCUCCUCUGCUACUCAUGUUAAAUUGCAUUUCAUCCGGUGGAUUGAAAGCAUUAUCAUCUUGGGGAUCAAUGAGUGUCCAGAAUUUCGUUAGUAGGGAAAUGAAAACGUUUGAUGAUGCCGUUUCAGAUUUCAACACAUUGAAGAUCACGGAAAAUCCUUCUUCAUCCGCUAAAGAGGGACUAGUGAUGAAAUUACAUUAUAAUGCACCUACUGGACGAUGGGCAGUGAACAGAGGUGGGAAAUUCGAUGAUGAUAUUCUUCAAGAACAAGAUGAACAUGAUGAUGAAGAAUCCAACGAAAAUGAUAAUGAUGAAGAGAAGAAGAAAAAACCUGAUUUACCCAAAAAGCCAACGGCUUAUUGGUAUAUCUUACAUGGUCAGCAAAUGUUGACUAAUAAAAGUUAUCAGAGUGCAUUAUUCUAUCUGUUCAGAGCAUAUGAAAUUGAUCAAUACCAUCCUUUCAUCUGUUUACUCAUCGCUCAAUCGUUCUUUGGCAGAGCAAUGAAUAGACAGAGUGAUAACAGGAAUUAUCAACUUGCUCAGGGAAUGGCAUUCUUAACUCGAUAUCGUAAAUUAUCAUCAGCCGAUCCCAUCACGCAAGAACAAGUGGAAUACAACUACGGAAGAUCGUUCCAUGGUAUAGGUAUAAACCACUUAGCUGUUAGUCAUUAUGAGAGAGUAUUAAAGAGUAUUGAGAAAAGGAUGGAAAACAGUUUGGAUCCUGACGCAAUAAGAUCAAGUUCCCUAGCAUACCAAUCGGCCCAUAAUUUGAUUCUGUUAUAUGCUAUUUCGGGUAAUCAUAAGUUGAUUAAAGAGAAAUCGAAAUGGUUAGCAAUCUAG